GCUUGACAAAUUAAAAAGUGGUUCUUUCUUUAUGUUUAAAACAGAUUUCAUUUUACCAGCAAAAAGAAAACAUGUAUCAGAUCCUGAUCUUAUGCCAAUAGAAGAAUCACUUUGGGUAGACAAAUAUGAACCAAAUGACGAGACAGAUAUUUGUAUGCGAGCAGACAAGAUCAAAGAAAUAAAGUCUGCUAUUCUACAUUCGUCUGUGGGUGAUCAACAACAAGAGACUAAACUAUUGAUAUUAUCAGGACCUUCUGGCUGCGGGAAGAGUACACUUAUAAGACUGCUGAGUAAAUCUAUGCCUUUUGAACUGAUAGAAUGGAAAUACCCUUCAACAGACUAUGAUCUAGACAACUAUGUAAAUAUAAUGAAUCAAUUUCAACACUUUUUAAACCUGUCCAUCAGAAGAGAUACAAUGCAACAAUAUCAAAAAAAGAGUAAAAUGAAAGUUAUCUUUGUAGAUGAUAUACCUGAUAUUACUACACCUCAAGUCAAGCGAGAUUUUCAUUCUAUCUUGUCCAACUGCUUAAACACACCUAUACGAUUCUUACUUGUGCUGGUCAUUAGUGGUGCAUGGAUGGAAUCAUCACAUAAGCGUACUUAUGAUACAAAACUCAAUAAUCUGAUUGAUAUUACACCUCAGGAAUUCGAAUAUGAUAAACGGGUGAAGCAUAUCAAACUGAAGCCAGUCAACAAGACAUGUAUGACAAAAGCAUUAAAUAGAGUCAUUCAUGGACAAGAUAUCUACAUGUCGAAAGAUCAAUUGAAUGACUUGAUUGAAACAAGCGAUGGUGACCUAAGAUCAGCCAUUAACAACCUACAGUUCUAUGCUAAGCGCAAUCAACACUAUACAAAAAGAAGAAAGACGUUUGAUGAAAAGAUAGGCCCAUUGGAUCUAUUUCAUGCUGUAGGCAAAGUGCUUUAUGCAAAGAGACAUGCUGAUCAUACCCUCCAAUCUAAACCAGAGCAUAUUUUAAACAAACUGCCUAUGGAUCCUGAUCUAUUCAGUACUUAUUUGCAUCAAAACUGCUUAGUGUUUUUUGAAGAUAUUGACUCUGUGGCCAAAUCAUUUGACUACCUAAGUCUGGCAGACACAAUUCGGUCUUCACUGGACUGGCAAGACGAUCAAGCAAGUCUGUAUCGAAGUCUAGUCACAAUGCAUGGUCUUAUGGAAAGACCUACUCGAACCACUUCAAAUCGAUUUUAUGCUAUGCAAAAACCAGACAUGUUUGAUGCUCAAUUAGCCAUGCGACAAAAGAAGAGUCAAGACUAUUACCGUGAAUGGAUGGCUUCUGUAGAAUGUCGCUCAAAGCCAUUUGAACAACAAGAUCAACAGGUAGCAUUAGAUGACCCUGUGCAGGACUUUAGUGAAGACGAAUUUGAUGACAUGUAUGGUGAUGGAUCUGAUUUGGCUUUAUUAGACAUGUAUUAAAGCUUGUAUUGAAUCCCUGCUUCUUUCAAGAUCUUUUCGAGUUUACCAGACUUAUAGGCAGCUUUAAGGGCGUCUGAGCC